AUGAUCAACUCUCGCCGCGCCAUCGUGGCUGCGGUCUUUAUCCUCACAGUCUUCUUCCUACUAUCGCGAUCGCACCAGUCGACACCCAGCGUCCCAGCCGCCAAAGAUGCUGUCGCUGCUGAUACCGGCACCAAGGCUGCUGCUCCUGCCUCGAACCCUGACCCCGUGCAACCACCCCCCGAGAAGCCCAAAGAGAUGGAGGUGAAGGAGCGUCGCACGCGUCCUCGCAUUGACAUGUCUGGCAUGUCGACAUACGAAAAGCUCGCCUACGCAUACCCCUACGACGUCGAGACCAAGUUUCCGGCCUACAUCUGGCAGACGUGGAAGCAGAGCCCUGACCAGGCCGACUUCCAGUUCAAGGACCAGCAUGCUUCUUGGACCGUCGAGCAUCCAGGUUUCGUUCACGAGGUCAUCACCGACGAUGUGGCCGUCAACCUGAUUCGCCUGCUCUACGCUACUGUCCCCGAAGUUAUCGACGCCUAUCGAUCCCUUCCGUUGCCCGUCCUUAGGGCCGACUUCUUCCGUUACCUGAUUCUCUACGCUCGUGGUGGUAUUUACACGGAUAUUGACACAUAUGCUAUCCAGAGCUCUGUCAAAUGGCUACCCGAGAAAAUCCCACGCGAGACAAUUGGCCUGGUCAUUGGUAUUGAAGCUGACCCUGAUCGCCCUGACUGGGCUCAGUGGUACAGCCGUCGCAUCCAGUUCUGCCAGUGGACGAUCCAAAGCAAGCCUGGACACCCCGUACUUCGCGACAUCAUUACACGGAUCGCUAAGCAGACACUUAGCAUGAAGCGCCAGGGCAAGUUGGACAGACUGGUCGAUCACGACGUGGUCGAGUUCACGGGACCAGCUGUGUGGACAGAUGCCAUCAUGGAGUACUUUAACGACGAGCGAUUCUUUGACCUGUCGCGAAGCAAGGGAGUCAUUGAUUACAAGAACUUUACCGGUAUGGAGACGAGUAAGCGCGUGGGUGAUGUGGUUGUGCUGCCCAUCACAAGCUUCUCGCCAGGAGUAGGACAGAUGGGGGCAAAGGAGCCCGACGACCCCAUGGCUUUUGUCAAGCACGAUUUUGAGGGAACCUGGAAACCCGAGAGCGAGCGACACAUGGGCGAGCAGAAGGAGGACGGCGGAGAGCAGCAGCCGCAACAGCAACAGCAGCAGGCGCCUGCGCAAUAA